UUAUACUGUAAUUUCAUAUGCAAGCCAUAUUUUUGAAUUCCUGAAUGUAAUUUCUUCAUAUUGGGCAGUGUUUGUCCUUAAAUUUCAGAAUUUCCCGAUCGUGGUCAUAGCAGAAGUUUUCAAUUGCAUCCCUCUCUAUGACAUUCGCAUCCCAUCCCUUGUAGCUAAUAUCUGUGCCCUUCAUAAAAAACAAGAUAUGAGAUCUCCAAGAACCCCAACCCCCAAAAGUACCACUAUAAUUUGGCAUGAAGCAGAGCUAAGAUCAUUCAUCAAUCACAUGGUUGAGAAUGUCCGAAAAGGUUUGAAGACAAACUCCACAUUCACAAAGGUUGGUUGGGACAACAUUACAAAAGGGCUUGAAGCCAAAUUCAAAAGGCCCUUUGUGAAGCAGCAACUGCGUAAUGAGAUGAAUAAGUUACGCAAGAAGUACAACAGCUUCAGGGCUUUGUUAGAAACAACUGGUUUCGGAUGGGAUGCAAAUGCUCAGACUGCCACAACUAAUGAUUCAGUGUGGGAAUCUGCUAUUCAGAUGUCUUCCACUGACACCGCAAUGGCAAGGUGUGACUACUGUAAUCAUUUGUGGGAUAAGUUCACAACGAAAAUGGGCUUAAUAGAGGAAGAUCGUACUUCAAAUGCCCAAGACAUAAUGAAUAUUUUAUGUGGGUAGAUGAAUUUCGCUUAUGUGAUUGUGGCGAGGGAUAGUGUAAGGUACGCGUCGCGAAGACAGCAACGAACUUUAAUCGUCGUUUCUGGUGUUGUCCUAAAUCCAAUGAGCCCCAUGAUCGAGGUUGUAAUUUUUUUCGAUGGAUUUAUGGAGACAGAAAUUCGACAAGUGCACAGUCUUCCGAUUAUGGAACAAGCAAUUCAAUGGUUGGAGCUCAGUCUUCUCCAUUAGCACAUUCCUCUGAUUUUGUGAAAGGUUACUUGGAAAGAACAAUCAAAGGUGAAGAGGAGAAGUCUAGAGUACUGAAAAACGAAAUGGAUGUGUCUAAGGAAAAGUGAAGGAUAUAUACCGAUAUCCUGGAGGCCAUUAAUAACAUGGACAUAAAUAAAUGUGGUAGUUAGAGGGUGAUGACCAACUAUUGGGAACUUGAAAGACAUUUGGCAUACCCGGAAUAUUUGCAUUUUAAUCUACUAUUAUUGGUUGACAUUUCUCGUUUCGUAAAAUUAUGAUGUAAGUUUGAAAUAAGGAAAUUGAUAGUUGGGUGGUUUGUCUAGGUAAAAUGAAGGGUAAUGAGUUUCUAUGGAAAGUAACAAAAGUGGAAUUAUUUUCAUUAAAAUAAACAUCAUAUUUUGUCAGAAACGUUCCCAGAAACAACAUUUGUCAAACACCUUCUUACCUGUUUCUAUUUCCAAAAACAAGAAUUAUCAAAC